CGAGCUCCCUACAAAGCGCAAGUUCCCAUAUUCCUUCUCCUCCUUCUCCACACAGAGAAGCCCACAGGCCACACGCUCUCAUUCAUUGAAGAAAUGACUUUCUCGCCAUUGUUAGUAGUUACUUUGAUUCUUGCCGUCACUUCGGCCGUUAGCUCAUGUUCGCCGUCGGACCGGGCGGCUCUUCUGGCCGUCAGAGACUCGCUGACCGACCCUUACUUGGGUAUCUUCAACUCCUGGAACGGCAGCGACUGUUGCCUCAACUGGUAUGGUGUCCAUUGUGACCCUACUACUCGCCGCAUCACCGAUAUCAACCUCCGCGGCGAGUCUCAGGACCCGAUCUUCCUCAAGGCUGGUCGUUCCGGUUACCUCAAUGGAACAAUCUCACCUGAGAUUUGCCGCAUUGACAGCCUCACGAGUCUCGUCCUCGCUGAUUGGAAGGGAAUCUCCGGAGAGAUUCCAUCGUGCAUCACCUCCCUCUCCUCCCUCCGAGUCCUUGACCUCAUCGGUAAUAGCCUCACCGGCGAGAUUCCGGCGGACAUCGGGAAGUUACAGAGCCUCACCAUUCUUAACCUCGCCUACAACUCCAUCUCCGGAAAGUUCCCGGCGUCGAUUGCUACCCUCGCCGGCCUCAGGUACCUCGACCUCAGGAACAACCAGCUCAUCGGCGAACUCCCCUCCGAUUUAGGCAAUCUCCGCAUGCUGAGCCGCGCAUUGCUAGGCCAAAACCAGCUCACUGGUCCGAUUCCGACCUCCAUCUGCAACUUGAAACGCUUAGCGGACUUGGAUCUAUCCACGAACCGGAUCUCCGGUUCGAUUCCGGACCGACUCGGCGAAAUGCGGGUUCUCUCCACGCUUACGUUGGAUUGCAAUUCACUUUCGGGUCAAGUACCUUCAAGUUUGUUAAGCAAUCGGGGCAUGGGUAUCCUAAACUUGAGCCGAAACAGUUUGGAAGGCACCAUACCCAACGUAUUCGGGUCAAAAUCAUACUUCAUGGUAUUGGAUUUGUCCCACAACAAAUUAUCGGGUCCGGUGCCCGUUUCGUUAUCGUCAUCCAAGUUCGUCGGCCACUUAGAUUUCAGCAACAAUCACCUUUGCGGAACCAUCCCAAUCGGGUCCCCCUUUGAUCAUCUCGAUGCGCCGUCGUUUAGCAACAACGAUUGUUUGUGUGGCAACCCAUUGAGAGCUUGUUGAAAACGAACAGCACAAUCGGGGUUCCCGAGUAAACCGGGGUCGGGUAUACUGACGAUUGAGAAGGGGUUAUAUUAUCGAUCUAUUAUUGACUGGUGAUUAGAAUGCAAUUAAGUGUGAUGUAAAUCUGAAUGCUAUUGUGUGUGUGUGUGUGUGUGUUUUUUUUUUUUUUAUUUGAGAGGAUAAGAUUAGAGAAAGCCAUAAGAAUAUAAGAUCAUGAGGAACUGAGAAAAGAAAGAUGUUUUAGUGAUAAUGUGAGAGCAAUGGUCAAGCAAGCAAUGAAUAUCAUAGCGUGUGUGGCAUGUGAGGUUUACAGGCAGAUUUUUGUAAAAUAUUUGGAUUUGGAUUAUCAUGGAUUGGAUCCAUUAAUUGUUGUUGCAUCAA